AUGCAGUUCACCAGAACCGUCGCUCUCGCAGCGCUCCUUUGCACAUCCACCAUCGACGCACACUUGUCGUUGACAUUCCCCGCCCCAUUCCGAUCUGCGCUCAAUCCCAACGCUGUUCAAUCUCAAAUCGAUUACAGCAUCACAGCACCGCUUGCAGCCUCAGGUGCAAACUUUCCCUGCAAGUACAAUGAUAUGGGCACACCUGGCGGAAAAUCCGUCGUCACUUGGGAGGCAGGAGCAACAGCAAACUGGACCGUCGGGACAGGAGCCCUUCACGGUGGAGGAUCUUGUCAAGUUGCUCUCUCCUACGACUCUGGCAAGACAUUCCGAGUCAUUCAUUCCUACAUUGGAAGUUGUCCCGCCGCAGUAGGCUCCAGUGCAGACUUCACUGUUCCCUCAGAUGCUCCGGCUGGAAACGCAAUGUUCACAUGGACUUGGCAAAACCAAAUCGGCAAUCGUGAGUUCUACAUGUCGUGCGCUUCGGUCAACAUCGAAGCCGGGCCAUCAAAAGCUCGCGCUGCUCCAGCUGUCGCCUUUUCUUCCCGUCCCGAUCUCUUCCUUGUCAACCUUGGCAACGGAUGCACAUCUGUGGAAAGCAAAGCCGUCAACUACCCAAACCCAGGUCCAGAUGCAGAUGUCACACGCAAAGCCUCAGACUCAGGUACCUUCACCGGAACUUGUGGUCCCGUGAAUGGUGUGGCGUCAUCUGGCUCUGCUUCAGGCUCAUCGUCGGGCUCUUCUUCGGGAAGUCCGAGCGAAAGUUCUCCAGCAGUCAGCGCAUCAUCUGCCCCGGCAGUCAGUGCAUCAUCUGCUCCAGCAUCUGUAGUCUCUUCAAGCACAACCCCAAUCUCCAUCGUCAUCAACCCAACCAUUCCAGCUUCCCCCACAGCCAGCUCCGCCACCAGCGUCGCAACAUCUGCACCAGCAUCACAAACAUCCAGCACCACCUCUCCAGCAUCCUCAGGAACAAGUUCUGGGGCCGUCCAGAUCACGACCGAUGGUCUCUGCUCUGGAGGUAAAACAUGCACCGGCUCCGGCUUUGGUCCAUGUUGCUCCAAAGACGGAUUUUGCGGGAUUGGUCCUGCUUGGUGCGGUGCAGGUUGCCAACCUGGCUUCGGAACCUGUGGAACCACCCUUAACUCAACUGCCACUGUCAACCCCAUCAGAAAGAUCAGAGGAAGAAGUUGGAGAGUUUGA